CUUAAUUUAGGUCAUGCUUUUCUUUCAGGUUGAUCAUUGUUGACAGGUGACAUUUGUGACGAUCCUGACACAUGAUAUGUUUGAUUGAUAUUUUUAAUGUAAAAAAAAUAUCCUUAUAAUGUAUUAUUUGGUCAAGUUUUGUAGGAUUUGUAUACAAACAGACAGAAAGUUACUCGACAUAGAAUCUUUAGACUACGAUUCCAUAAAACUUAGUGAAAAACUGAAGACAUGUACCCAAAUGGUUAUUAGUGAAGAGAGUCUCUCAACAAAAAUAUGCACAUCAUGCAUUCAAAAAUUACGAAUAUCAUAUCAGUUUCAUUCCAUGUGUAAAAAAUCUACCACAAUUUUGCAGCAUCACCUUACUGAACUUUUACGGGGAUGUGAGAACCUGGAUGCUGAUAAGUUUGUUAAUUGUGAAUCUCUAGUAACGUUGCCCCCCUCCCAGAAGGUCAAAAGAAAAAGAGUAGGUAAAGAUGAGAGAUGUUCUUUAUUAAGAAAAUUAUUAUCAAAGAUUAAUGAGGAUCAAGUAGUGGAAAACGUUCACAUUAAUGGUUUGACUAAACUUUGUGAUAAUUUAAUGUCAACCACUUCUCCACUCUCAACAACUCAUUUACAUAAUCGUCACGAUUUAAAAUUUAAAAGUACAAAUAGAAAAAGUAAUUUAGGAAAUCUCAUUCGGUUUAUGAAAGAGUUUGAUUAUGGAUAUGAUAUAAAAAAUGCCAAAAGCAUUUGCAACAGCUGUGAUCUGACUCCUUUAGAGAAACUUAAAAGAUUCACUAACACAUUCUUUUUUGAUCAUUUUAGUGAUUACCGAAAUACAGUUAUACAUCUUAGAGAUGGUUUUGAUUUUGAUAGCAGUGAGGAUGAGAGUAUGUUUGAAAAGUGUGUUGAUGAAUGUUGUGAUACUAUUAAGACUGAAAAUAAUUUAGUUCAAUGUAAAGAAGAGUUAAUUAUUGUAGAGCCUGAAAUUACAGUUAAAUCAGAAAUCGAAAAUGAUAGUGAAUGUGAUUUAAAUGAUUUUUCAUUUACUUCCAAUCUGGUGCAGGCAUGUUAUGAUGACAAUGAAACGACAAUUAUUAAAAGAGAAACUGAAUGUGGUAGUGAAUCUGAUGAGUUCUCUUUUACAUCAGAUUUAGUACAAGCUUGUUAUGAUGAGAGUUCGAAUUGUAGUCCUUCAAUUAAUUUUAAACAAGAAAAAAUAGGCGAUCCUGAAAGUCUGAGUCCAGUUUCGAAAUUAGAAACAAUUACCCGAAAUAUAAAUUUAUUAGAAAUGGAUAAAACAAAUUUACCGUCCAGUAAAAGUACAUGUAACUCUUUAUUGUCUUCUCUAACGCUUUCAUAUUCGUCUUUAACAAGUGGUCGUAAAAUGAAUAAAAUGUUUUCACCCGAUAAUAUCCGUUGUAGAACAAGAGGAAAUCCUUUUAUAAAUCCUCAACUGAAAAAGCAAUUCCUUUUUCGUAGCUUUUUAUGCGAAGUGUGUAAUAGACGCUUUAAAAGUCAAGGGUAUCUCAAAGCUCAUAAAAGUAAAUUAAGGCAUUAGAUGGAAAACGUGCAAACUGUUUUUAUGUAUUCACAUAAUGGUACUUUUGUUGAAAUUAUUUGAUUUUUUGAUCUAUAUUCAUGUUUUAUAUGUGUAUAUUGUUCAAGUUCUGAGUUUUAUCAGAAUUGUUUGUGGUUUAUAUUUAUAAAGCUUUUAU